AUGGUAUCGGCGUUCGCUUGGGCAUGGCAGGAGAUGGCUCUGCAAGCCAUGCACGCUGAGCCCGGAGAGUCCGGCGACCAAGAGGCGGCCGCCGCAGGACGUAUGGGAGCUGUGGGGAUGUCUGCGAGCUGGAAGCUGUCAGGAGACGGGAUGCGAGAAGGCCUGGGCCGCAGGAGCGUCCAAGAAGAUGUGGAUAUCCAAGUUAAGGGUGACGUGGAGGGUGACUUCGAGGGCAACCCGGAGGGUGACUUCGAGGGCGACCUGGAGGGUGACUUCGAGGGCAACCCGGCGGGUGACUUAGAGGGAGACUUCGAAGGCGACUUUGAGGCUGAUGUGGAGGGCGACGUGGGUGACUUUGAAGGCGACUUGGAGGGCGACGGUCUCGACUUUGAGGCUGAGGGCGAUGUAGAGGUUAAGGUGGAGGGUGACUUGGAGGGCGAGGUGGACGCGGGAGGUGAAUUCGUUGAGUUGCAGCCCGGCGAUGCUGAGUUGGACCCGAGUCUGGGCGGCCUGGAUGACGGGCAAGAGGAAGCUGACGAACUUCUCGAAGCGGAAGCCCCAGAGGCCUCGGGCAGCAGAGUGGGCCAUGCUCGAGCACGUCCCCGCUCAAGGAGAGGUCGCCCCCGCGCCAGACGCCGACGGAAGGUCGACAUGACCGCGGACCAGAUGCAGCGUGCCUUGCUCCGAUGCGGAGAAUCGCGCAAUCCGGAGGUCUACACUGGCAUCAUCAAGAACACCAGCCGUGUCAAAGGAGUGGGCUUCAUCUCGUGCCAAGCCACGUGGCAGCUCUUCGGGCGCGAUGUGGUGGUCUUCCCGGAGCAGCUGAAGAACUGCGCGGUGGGGGAGGUGGUGCGGUUCCGGGCGCAGCUGGAGGAAGGUCAACCUUUGGGCUACGACCUGCAGCCGGUGUCCUCUCAGGAGGCCGCGGGCUCGGGAGCCCCGCCAGACACUCCAAAGGAGGGCCAAGAUCUGACACAGAUGCUGGCGGACCUGGGCAAGCGCUGGCAAAAGGUGCUGGAGGAGAGGACGGUGGAAGAACCGAGGCCGGCUUCAGCUCAAGGCGAAGCAGCCCGCAGGGAGGCCAAUGCCGGCAAAGCUAAGGCUCUUCCGAGGCCGCUGACGGCGUUCAGUCUGCCAACCUCCGAAGCGAAGCUGGUGCUGCCGCCAAAGCCGAGGCUGCCACUUCCAACUCCGCCACCAGUGCCACCAACAGCGCCGGCACCAACGCCAGCACCGGCGUACACAGCGGCGCCAGCACCGGCACAAGCGCCAAAGCCGUUGCCAACGCCAUCGCCAGCGGCGCCAAUGCAAGCGACACUACCAACGCCAACACCUUCACCAAAGCCAGCGCCAGCACCAACAUCACUGCCGACACCCUUGCCAAAGCCAGCAACUUCACUGUCACCAACGUCAACACCAGUGCCAAAGCCAGCACCCGCACCAACGCCAACACCAGCACCGAAGCCCGCAGCCGCACCAGCUGCACCAACGCCAACCCCGGCAAAGCCGGCACCGGUGCCAGUGACGCAGCCAGCCAAGCCAAGCGCAGCCGCGAAGCCGGCGGCCGCAUUUGCCGCGCGGUAUGGCGCCCCUUCGGCGUGCCCGCCGGCCGCCCGGGUGACGCCCUCGAGCCGAGCGUCGAAUCCGAGGCCAAAGAGCCCGAUGAGACCGAAGAGCCCGCUGGCCAAGCCCAAGCCCAAAGCCGUGCAGCCAAAGAGCCCCAAGCUGCCGCCGAAGAACCCCAAGCUGCCGCCGAAGAACCCCAAGCUGCCGCCGAAGAACUCGGUGCAGGCAAAGCCCCGACCCGCCUCGGAGACAGCGCAGGACUGGAACGACUGA